UUGUUUUCAUUUUUUUUCGCCACAUUUCCACAUCAUCGAACAACAACAGCAAUAUUUUAGUGCUCAUCGCAUUUAAUUCAGUUGAUUGUUUUUCAUUUCAUUUUUUCUCGCACUCAAAUCUUUCAAAUGUGUGUGAGAAAGAGAGAGAAGAAAACCCAUUGAGAAGAAGUGAAAAAAAAACACACAUAUUUUCUUCAAGUUGUUGAUGUUUUGUUUGCGUAUGGUGGGAAUUAGUGCGUUUUUAUUUUGUUGAUUCAAAAGAUGAAAAAUGCUCGUGUUAUUGUAUUUUCAACGAACGUGAAUUAUUAGUGAACAAUGCUAAGCAUCGCCAAGACUAGUGUUUCGUGUAUUUAUAUACCGAUGUUAAAUGUAAAAGAACAAACAUUUCAACAAAUCGCAUUUGACCAAAGAUAGAGCACAUACACGCACACAUCAUAGAUCCACACACACACACACACAAACACACAGACACAUUGAAUUUGCUGGGUUUCAGUCUAACUCGGUAAUUUCUUGGAUGUUUGCCUUCUCAUUUCAUACCGAUAUAUAUAUUUUGUUGUACAUACUAUAAUCCGUCAGUGAAAAGGAAAUCGAGACGAAAAAGAUAGUAAAGAAAACGACCGACACGAAAGAGAGAAAGACAUUAUGUUAACGUUUAGUGAAAGAAUUGUUGCUUUUAUUAUCGGUGUAUUAGUAGGUGCGUUAUUCGAUGUGUUUUUGAUUAUUUUGUUAAAACAAUGUUCUACUCGCUAUUCUAAACCGCAUGUUUUAAGCCACCGACAAGAAGAGGAGGCAAAAAAAAUAUUAUGAAUAAACAACACAUUGAUGAACAAUGAACUGAAGAUUUUUGUGAAUUGAUGACGAAAUUCGUUCGUUAUGUUUUUCCGUUGAAACAGAACAAAACCAAAUAAAAAUAAACGAAUAUAUAGUAGCGGCAACCGAAAAAAAAAUAAUGUUCUUAUGUAUACAGAAUGGAUGGCAGAAGUGAACCAAAUUAAAUAAAUGAAACAACCAAAAUAAUCGAGUGAAUGUACACAGAGGAAAUCUCGUGAGAUUGCAAUUACGACGAAAACGGCAAGAAAACGCAAAAAAUCAGCGCGUACUGAGAAAAAAGCUCAGCAUUUUUUGAUGAUUAUAAUUGGGUGAAAUAAACAACAGAAUUUCGAUUUUCAUUUUUUGAACAAGAUAAAGAGACACACACACACACAUAAAUAAUUUAAACAAUAACUCACAUCGACGACUCUUGAUAUAUAUAUAUUCCGCUGAUUCAAUCACAAAAUCGUAAUUUUUUUUUCUGCGAAAUUGACAUGCACAUACCAAUACAAAUGCGAACGGUUCAAAUAGAAUGUAAUACAGGAAGCUCUUGUUGAGCCCGCGAUGAGUGAACAUGUCUAGAAUAAUGUGCGAGAAACAUUGCUCCCGUUGAAAAUUGAAUACGAACGAACAAAAAAAAAUCAGCCAACAACAACAAUAGCAAAAGAAGAACGAAGAGCAGCGAGAACGCGAGCAACAGCAGUGCGGCGAAAAACACGAAGAGUGCAUGUGAAUAAUAAAUAUAUAUAUACAUAGAGUGAAGGAGCCAGCGUGUGUGAGUGAAGGAGACAGAAAACGAGAGAUACAAAUUAUAAUCGGACUCGCAAAGACACACAAAAAAAACAAGAAUUAAAAAAAACGUAGCAACAGAUCAACAGCCAAUGAAGUAUAUUGAAUCGAAUUAAACAAAAAGAAGAAUAAAAAACACUACGAAAAGGAAAAGAAACGUUUACAAAAAAAAUAUAUAUAUAUAGCAGAUUUGAAGCACUUUCAAUAUUUUAAUUUAUGCCGACGCGAAUUUUUACACACUAUCGAUGGUUGUGACAGUGCAAUUCACAUUUCGACUACUCUAGAGAGAAACAACAUAGCAAAAAAAAAGAUAUCUAUAUUUAUAUAUGAUUUAUAUAUUUGUAAAAACAACAACAACAACAACAAAGACAGCAGGAAUAGUAUGAUAGUGCAAAACCAAAAAUUGCAUGGCCAAACACAACACCACGAUUCAAAUUUGAACUAAGAAAAACACUUACGCAGAAAAACACAACGACUCAAUAAGACAAGUAGCCAACAUACAAUUUUAAUUUUGUUUUCUCUUGCACAUACACACACACACAAUUGAAGACAGUGAAAUAUUAAAAUUGCAUUAAACGCAAAAUUUGAGUCACGCUUACCUGAGAAUAGUAGCCAACGUAAUUGAAAUAGUUUCAACGAAUUUAAUUGCUGCGUUUUUCGACUGUAUGUCUAGUGAGAUAUUCUUCAAGUGGAACUUGGACCAAUUCGAUAGAUUAUCCGCGCGCCGUUCUUAAUAAAGGAAAAGUAGAGAGUAAGAGAGAAAAAGAAAACACAAACGAAACGUAACAAUGCCCGAACACAAUAUGGAUGCUGUAUCGAAGGAAUGGCUUCAAUCCGAAUUGAGAUCGCCUACGAAAUCGUUGAUUGUUUUAGAUUGUCGUAGUUCAAAUGAGUUCCAAGAAGGUCACAUACGAUCGGCCGUCAAUUUUUCCAUACCUAGUUUAAUUUUAAAACGUUUGGCAACUGGUAAAAUUGAUUUAACAUCAACGAUUAAAUGCCGUGAUCUAAAGCAACGCAUUCAAAGCGCAUACAGCGACAGUUUAUUUGUUCUAUACAACGAUGUUACGACAACCGCUACCAAAACGAGUACAUCGGACAAAGCAGCAACAGCAACGGCCAGCAUUGAUUCAAAUGCAAUUACAAAUUCCGUUGAAUCGAACGCAAACAGUAGUGAUGCGACUACAAUCAACGUGCUGCAUCGUCGACUCAAACAAGAUGGCUGCUCGGUUUAUUGGCUCAAAGACGGGUUUGCAAGUUUCCGCGAAACAUUUCCCGAGUGGUGUGAGGACGACAGUGUCUCAUCGACGGAAAGUGCAAAAAGUCAUGGUACCAAUCAUUCAGAACCAUUGAUGGGAUUGAGGUCUCUCCGAAUUUCAAUACCAUAUUCGGAUUCGGUGUGCAGCAGUUCGGCUGAAUCAUCGGAUUGUGAAGGUUCAACGUAUCCACAAUCAGAUGCACCCACUGAAAUAAUUCCAGGGCUAUUUUUAGGCAAUGCAUCGCACAGCGAAGACUUGAAAGCAUUACAAUGCUAUAACAUCAAAUAUAUUCUGAAUGUGACGCCCGAUCUUCCAAAUCAUUUUGAAAACACAACAGAAAUUAAAUAUUUACAAAUUCCAAUCACCGACCAUGGUUCACAGGAUUUAUCCAUGUAUUUUCCAACUGCCAUCAAAUUUAUUGAUGAAGCGCGAAGAAAUGAUUCGGCUGUGCUGGUGCAUUGUUUGGCUGGUGUAUCGCGUUCGGUAACCGUAACGCUGGCCUAUUUAAUGCAUUCACGUUUAUUGAAUUUCGAAGAGGCAUUUGCAUUGGUGCGUUUACGUAAGCCAGACAUAUCGCCAAAUUUCCAUUUUUUGCGUCAGCUCCAUGCAUUUGAGCGUCAAUUAAUGGAAGAGAAUCCAAGCCGAACACCACAAUCGGCACAAUCAACCGAUUCCGUGUAUUCAGAUUGUUGUGGAUGUUCAUUAUCAUCGCCGGGUCCAGUUGUGCCACCAUUCCAUCAUAAUCGUCCACAUCAGACGCUGCAACAGCAAUUAAUAUGCCAAAAACAUUACAACCAAAUCGGUGUGUCACCCGAUUCCGGUAUCGAAUUUGACCGCUGGACAUCGGCCGAUAGUACGCCAAAAUGAGAUAAACUUACAAAGCGUUUCGCUUUGCCAUCAAUCGAAGAUGCAUCAACCGUAACAGCGGCUGACAUCGAACAGCGAGACCCAAAGUAAAAAAUGUAGAAUUUUCUCAGUAAGUCAUGUCAAAAGAAAAGAAAAAAUCGACAUUGCGUGCUUACUUACAUUUUUUGAGGCCAAACUGGCAACGGUUGAAAUAAAUGUUUCGGAUUUCAAAGUGGAUUUUGUAAUUUCGUUUGGACACAUUUUUCAAAGAAAUUUGGCCAGAAUAAAUUAUUGGGUCAUCAAUCCCGUUUUGCAUGUGAAAUUUUUGAAAAAUCCAAUAUUUUUGCUCGAAUUUUUAAAUGAAUCAAUUUUGAAAGGUUUCGCUCCAACUUUGAUGGAAAUUUA